AUGAAGCUCGACACGUACGGCGAAUACGUCCGCCGGGUCGUGGACACGCUCACAGCCUUUGAGGACGAGCUCAUCGCCACCAGCGGCUUCUUCGGGCGAGAGGAGCACCUCGAGUCGUGCAUCCAGGGCGUGCAGUCGGAGUUUGAGUCCAACGCGCGCGCCAUCGCGGUCUUCGCGGCGCCCGAGGCGCUCUCCGCCCUUGUCGGCACGCUCCUCAGCGCGGAGGACCCCCGACCUGCCGACGCGCCAAAGGAGGGGCGCCGCUUUGAGGACGCCUUUGCCGCCGCCGUGCUGCUCUCCUCCUCCAUCGGCACGCGCGGGCUGCUGCGCAAUCCGACGGUCCUCUCGCGAAUGUGGCAGUUCGUCGAGCGGCCGGAGCGCCACCCCGUGCUGCUCUACUACUGGUGCCGCUGCGCCGCGGCGCUCCUCCUCUCCCCCGAGGGGUCCGGCGGGCUCGGCGCCGCAAUCUCUGCGCUCGGGCUGCCGCGGCUGCUGCUCUCCCUCGUGCCUCACCUGCACUGCGAGGCCGUGAGGAUGCUCCUCAAAAACGUCAUCGGGCUGGGCGGGCAGGCGGGGCUGGGGGAGGAGGGGGCGGUGCCGCUGCAGCUCGCGCUGGUGGGGGAGCAGUCCAUCCUGCCCAGCCUGAUGCGCCUGAUGGAGGGUGGCGGCGACGCCUCCCUCGACGCCGCGGAGCUUCUCUGCUGCGUGCUCGAGGCGGCGUCGAUGCGGGCGGACGGCGCGCGGCUACUCACGCUUGUGGCGCGGCCCUUCCUCCCGCUCUUCACGCGGGCGGUCGCCGCGGGCGACUGCGCCGCGCACCGCCGCCGCCAGUCGCAGAUUGCCCUCCUCUCCCUCGGCGCCGCCGCGCUCGCCGCUGAGCAAGCGUGUGGAGACGCAGAGGCGGGGCCAGGCGGAGAGGGCGCGCCCCAGGUUGCUCCGAGGGUGGCUGGGGCGGUGGCGGCGCUGCUCGGCCCGCUCUCGCGGCUGCUGGCGCACGGCUCUUGCGAGGUUGCCCGCGCCGCCGCCCGCUUGUGGUCCUCUUUCCUCGACUCAGCGCCGCAAGAGCUGCUCGGCUGCCGCGGCAGCUGCUCGGCUGCGCUGGUCACGGCCGAGCUCUUCACGCGGGUGGAUCGGAACGGGGGCGGGCGGCAGGACAUGCUGCGGCACGCCCUCCUCAAGGCGCUCGUCUCCGCGCUGCGCUGCGACGACGCCCGCCUCGGCGCCGCCAUCCUGAAGUCGGCAAAGCUGCUGCCGCGGCUCGAGCGCAAUUUGCUCAUGCGGGAGGGAGCGGGCGGCAAGGCUUCGCGCUGCUCGCCGGAGCACGCGAGGCUGCUCGUGCUCGAGAUCGCGGCGAUCGGGCGCACCGCCGCGCUCGCGCCGCACCUGGCUCGCUCCGCCGAGUGGCGCCGCAUCGGCACCAUCGUCGGCGUCGAGCUCGGCGGCGGUGCAGCCGAGGGCGGGCAUGCGUGCGAGCCGCGCGAGGCGUCCCCCUCCUCGUCGGGCGACGAGGAGGACUACGCGUCCGCGCCGGAGGCGGAGGCCGAGGUGGGCGAGGCGGGCGGCGACGAGCCGACCGGCGCGGAGAACGUGCCGCCCCACCGGUCGCCCGAGGGGGUCGGUCCCACUUCGCCAGUGAGCCCGAAGCUGGCCGCGGCCGCGCCGCCGCCCGCGCGCGAGGGGGAGGAGGAUUUCGUCAUCGACAACAACUCGCUCCGCUCCUCGGACGACUUUUCGAAGCUGACUCCGCGGCCGAGCUUCGAGCGCCGCUCCGUCCUCCACCGAAAGGCAAAGGAGAGCUCGCCCUAUUACCGCAAGGAUGGCGACGGCCGAUCCGCCCCAGACGCGCCGGCCCAAGAAGACGCCGCCAUCUCCGCGCUCAACGAGACCGUCAAGGCGCUGAGCUUUUGA